CACACACACACACACACACACACACACACACAACCAGAGUGCACCAAGAGUUCAAGAGCACUAGCGUGUGUUUGACUACAAUUAAGGGGAGUGGAAAUAUUUUGGGGCAGUAUUCAGUUUAUCCAUCCACGUUUCUUUCGGGCGGGUCGAGGUUUCGCAAGUGUCUAUCCAUACUUUCGGUUACUUUACUCUGUGCAUCAGGCAAUUAAGCAAAGUGACACUGCUGUCCACAGCGAGGACAUGCGUUGCAUGUGAGAAGACACGGAGUUGAAUACGCAGGGUUGCAGAAAAGGACAGAGUGAAAACUGAACAAGACCACUCCACACACCAUGAAGAAAGGGGACUCUGAUAAUCAGAGUCUGAAUGAAGUUGGGGCUCUGCACUGCAUGUCUGGCAGUAAUUAUGAGGGCAAAGGGAAGAGAAUUAAGGUACCAUCCCAUCCAGGGGUCCCAUUGGUGGUAUUGAUCUUGUUGGCCACCCUCCCUUUUGGAUCAAGCAUCAUACAAAGUGUCCCCAGGGUUAAACUCAGCCACAGAGAACUGCUGCAAGCCGGCAGUGUAUCUCUGUUUUUGGGCCCCUCCGAUGGCCUCCACUCCCACUCGCUGCUGCUGGAUGAGGAGAGAGGUCGUCUUCUGUUGGGAGCCAGAGAUCACAUCUACCUGCUUGACACUGACAAUCUGGCCAGAGCCCCCAGAAAGGAGGAUAGUGCUGUAAGAAAUUCAAGUUUGAACAGGAGAUGGAGUAUCUCCGCCACACACUGUAAAGGUCCCAAUCCCCAGAUUCACUGGCCUGCUCCUCGGGACCGAGUGGAUAUGUGCAAACUGGCAGGCAAAAAUGCAAAUUUGGAGUGUGCUAACUUUGUCAGGGUCCUCCACAACUACAAUCGAACACAUGUCUAUGCCUGUGGGACAGGAUCCUUCCACCCCAACUGUGCUUUCAUUGAAAUCACUGGCCGCAGAGAGGAUGGCGUGUUCCAACUGCUUUCUAGGACAGUGGAGUCUGGCAGAUUGAAAUGUCCUUUUGAUCCCUCGCAGCCAUUCACCUCAGUUCUCACAGAUCAGUACCUGUAUGCGGGCACAUCAUCAGAUUUCCUGGGCAAAGACACAACUUUCACACGCUCCCUUGGCCCUCCACCUGACCAGCACUACAUACGCACAGACAUGUCUGAAGAAUACUGGAUCAAUGAGGCCAGGUUUAUAUCUGCUCAUCCCAUUGCAGACACCUACAAUCCAGAUGAUGAUAAGAUAUACUUUUUCUUCCGCGAGGUGUCGUGGGAAGGCAACGGCAAGAGCAUCCUGUCCCGAGUGGCUCGUGUGUGCAAGAAUGAUGUGGGUGGGCUGAGAAGUCUGACCAAUAAAUGGACCACCUUCCUCAAAACCAGGCUUGUGUGUUCUAUCCCUGGACCAGAUGGAGUGGACACACACUUUGAUGAGCUCCAGGACAUCUUUGUGCUCCCUACCAGAGAUGACAAAAACCCCAAAGUGUAUGCAGUCUUCACCACCUCCAGCUCAAUUUUCCGUGGCUCAGCAGUGUGUGUGUACAGCAUGGCGGACAUAAGGGCCGUGUUUAACGGACCUUACGCCCACAAGGAGGGGCCCGACCACCGAUGGGUAGAAUACGAGGGGAGGAUACCGUAUCCCCGUCCUGGAACGUGUCCCAGCAAGACAUAUGAUCCAAGGAUCAAGACCACCAAAGACUUCCCAGAUGAGGUGGUCAGUUUUAUUCGAUUCCACCCUCUUAUGUAUCGCUCUGUCUACCCUCUGACUGGUCGACCCGUGUUCACGCGCGUCCGAGUGGACUACACCCUGACUCAGAUCGUGGUGGACAGAGUUUUGACGGAGGAUGGACAAUAUGAGGUCAUGUUUCUGGGAACAGAUGCCGGCUCAAUUCUGAAGGUGGUGAGCAUCACUCAGGAGAAUUGGUCAACAGAGGAAGUGGUGCUUGAAGAACUUCAAGUUUUCCAGGUUCCCACUCCCAUCCUCAGUAUGGAGAUGUCUUCUAAACAGCAACAGCUCUACGUGGGUUCAAAUGAAGGGCUAGCCCAGGUUUCACUCAGUAGAUGUCACAUGUAUGGCCAAGCCUGUGCUGAAUGCUGCCUGGCACGAGACCCUUACUGCGCAUGGGAUGGACACACAUGCUCACGAUACGUCCCUGCAUCGAAGAGGCGAGCCAGAAGACAGGACAUCAAGCAUGGAGACCCUGCCAGUCAGUGCUGGGACACAGAAGAAAGUCUUGUUGGUGGACGGGUGGAGGAGAGGGUCCUCUAUGGGGUGCAGAGCAACUCCACCUUCCUCGAGUGUAUCCCCAAAUCUCAACAAGCUCUGAUCCGGUGGUACAUACAGAGACAUGGAUCUGAACGCAGGGAGGAGGUCAGGCUGGAUGAUCGCGUCAUACACACAGAUCGAGGUCUCCUGAUUCGCUCCCUCCAAACCUCUGAUGCUGGCGUGUAUGUCUGCGUAGCUCAAGAGCACACACACUUCACCCACACUCUCCUCCGUCUCACGCUACAACUUGUUACACAUGGACAACUGGAUGGGAAGCCCAAGCCCAGUGAAGACCCCACGAUGGAACUACGCCACAGCGUGGAGUCCCGUCAGCGUUAUAAAGACUACCUGAGAGUGAUGAGCUCUCCCUUUGGCUCUCUGGAGGAGUAUUGCGAUUCACUGUGGCUGGAGAAGAGGCCGACAAGGGUGCGAGGAAGAGGCUUAGGAGCUGGCAAAUGGAAACAUGUACAGGAAAUGAAGAAGAGCAGGAACAGGAGACAACACAGAUAGAGGGAGGAAGAGUGGGAAAAACAGGAGCGAGGGAGGGUGGUGAGGACAGCAAAGCAGUGAGGGGUGUGGUAAAAAAACAUUCAGGGUUAGCUGUCUAUAUUCACCGGUUGGACGAUGAAGCAGAAUGUGACACAUAACUGCAAAAUUGCAAUGACAGAUCAAUUCAUGAGCAAGCAAAAUCUAACUCAGAGUUACAAUAAUGGGGCGUGAAAGACUAACCCUGAAAUAUAUAGAGGUCAAAAUAAAAUUAUUGAAAAGAUUUCGACAAGCAAUUUUAUGUAGCAUUGGGUUGUGAAUAUCUAAUUGCAUUCAUCUCUCCUGGAUUGGAACAUGACACAGGUCUUUCCUACAGCUUUCAUCAGCUAAAUACUGUAGUUUCCCCAGCAGUACAGACUGACGGUUAUUAGAGGUGAUAAUUUGAUGAUAUUGAAACAUAUAGUUGAAUUAGUGAGAUUGGGAAAAAAACAAAAAAAACUAAGAGUUUGCUUGUGGUGAUGACAAUGCAUUCAUGUUGAAUGACUGUAAAUAUGUAUAUACCAUGUACAGGAGAUACAGCAUGCUCAAUUUAGUCUUAUUACUGAUCUGUAUACCUCAAAUGAUAAUCAUGUAUCAUGUUUGGGCUGACAAAAUGACAUAUUUUUGUACAAACGUUUUACUCCUAUUUACUGUAGGUUCAAUAGAUGUUUUCUUUUACUGCUGUUUUUUAAAGUUAUUUAAAUAAAUCUGUCUUAGAGACUCUGUUCAAUGAAUUACUUACAUUGUGUGAAGAGAUUAAUCAGUAUACAGAAAAUCUAUUAUUAAUGAAAGUGCAGUUACAGGCACUCUCAAGCAAACAAGCAAGACAUGGUCGAGAAUGGGUUUGGGUUAGUUCAGCUCUCCUGAUAUAGCAACUCAAGUCCCUGUGCACUGUAUGCAUAUGUCAGAAUGAUUCAGGACCAGCUGGUCUCUUGUUUAGUGUGUGUGUGUGUGUGUGUGUGUGUGUGUGUGUGUGUGUGUGUGUGUGUGUGUGUGUGUGUGUGUGUGUGUGUGUGUGUGUGUGUGUGUGUGUGUGUGUGUGUGUGUGUGUGUGUGUGUGUGUGUGUGUGUGUGUGUGUGUGUCUAAAAGAUAGAGGGAAAAUGGGCAUCUUCGGGAAACCAUGCAAAAUAGGAAAGUUUGUGACCAAACUAAGCAAUUUACAGAAUUCCUAGAAUAACAUGGUAAAGCUCGAACUCUCUCCAGAGGAGAACUUCAAAGUUGCUAGUACAAAAGUAGAUAGCGUUGUGUGCGUGUGUGUUCAUUACACUACAAGUUGUGUAAAACCAGUGCAGUCUUUCCUAUGCUUUAAUAUGCUUUUUUUUGGCUACAGCUGCUGUGGAGUUUAUAUUGUUUAUACAUAUUUAUGUUGUCUGCCCAUAGGUGAUGUUUUAUUGUACUGUUGAUUCUGUAAGAAGUGGCAGGUUAUUUAAUUUAUGUGGCUGUUUGUUGCACCCGUCACGGUGUCCUUACACUUUUUAUUUAUUGUCGGCCAUUUUGUGUAUUGUCUAAGUUUUGUCUCCUUCCUGGUUAAUUCUUCUAAGGCUGCACUGAGGAAGGUGUUGUAGAAUUGAUAAUCAGUUGUGUUGGUGUGGACAUAAGGUGUCCGUGGUUUGACGUUGAUGCAUUGAAGUUGUUUUGUAGCCUAAAUGUUUUCUUUAAUUAAAUGGGUAUAAUCUAUAUUAGCCCACAUAUGUAUAUUCUUAUACGAAUAUUUACCUUUUAAAUUGUAGCACAGUAACUUUUACUCAGUUUUAACUAACCUACUUUUUACUUUUAUCUGAGUACAUUUUUACUCAAGUAUUUUUACUUUUACUUGUGUAAAAUGCAUUUAAAGGAACACUACUACUAAGUAUUCUAGUACUCUUUUUCAACGCAUUGAAAAACUUAAUUCUAAUGCUUAAUAUCUUAAUAGCCAUUUAAUUCUUUUAAUGAUCUCAUAUUUAGGCCUCCCCUAAUACAUGACUGUUAUUAUCUCUUAGUGAAACACUUAUUAUUAUUAUAAACACGUAUUUUUUUGCCUUAACUUUUACAGAAACCACCAUUCACCUCAAUUCAUUGUGCUUACUGUACUUGGCCUUUAUACAAGUAUGCACAUACUAACAGCAUUCAAGUCUCCCAUUUUGUGUCUCCACAGUGAUUUCUCCAUGUUUCUUGUAACAAAGACAAUAAAUAUUUCAAGAACGUCA